GAAAAGGGCAAAAGACACAGUGGAGGUGGAAGUGAGUGGUGUGAAAGAGGAGGGACUUGAGACUUCAGUUUGUGUUUCGCUGUGUAAAGCGAAGGGUGCUCGCGGACCGUUGCGCCACGGAACUCCUCGCCGCGCGAGUCUACUUUGAGCUGUCAUAACCGUCGCGUUGAACUCGCACAAGAGUAUUGCCUACGGAAAAGCCGGUAAACCCCAGAAGUUGUCUGUUUCUUUCCGAGCGUCUCCUUUCCAUGCGAGAAUGUGAAUUUCCACAUGAGGAUUUACAGCCGUGCCAUGGUUUUGACCUGCGCGCUACUGACAGAAAUGGGUCUCUCUUCAUCAACGGGUACAUGAAUCUGAGUUCCACCGGCCAGAUGCCUGAGAUGGAGGAAGUAGAUACCAAUGAGAGCAACUGGAUGGCGAAGAGGGUUGCUCUCAUCAGCUUCCUGUCACUGGUCAUGCUCAUGAGCGUCCUGGGCAACCUGCUGGUUAUGGUGGCCGUCUGCAAGGACCGGCAGCUCAGAAAAAUCAAAACCAACUACUUCAUCGUCUCGCUGGCAUUUGCUGACCUGCUUGUGUCAGUGCUGGUGAUGCCCUUUGGUGCCAUAGAACUGAUCCAUCAGAACUGGAUCUACGGUGAGACCUUCUGCCUGGUCCGCACCUCUCUAGACGUGCUGCUGACCACCGCCUCCAUCUUACAUCUGUGCUGCAUAUCCCUAGACAGGUACUAUGCCAUAUGUUGCCAGCCGCUGGUCUACAGGAAUAAAAUGACGCCGAUGAGAGUGGCUCUAAUGAUCGGAGGAUGCUGGAUAAUCCCAGGCGUUAUCUCCUUCUUACCCAUAAUGCAAGGCUGGAACAGUAUUGGAAUACAUGAUUUGAUAGAGAAACGGAGAAUCCUUGGCAACUCCACGGUGUGUGUAUUUAUGGUGAACAAGCCAUACGCUCUGACCUGCUCAGUUGUGGCCUUCUACUUACCACUGAUCCUGAUGGUUCUGGCCUACCAGCGCAUCUACGUCACAGCGCGGGCACAUGCCCGCCAGAUCAACCAGCUCCAGCGGGCCGGGAACGCGACUUCGGACAGCGCGGACCACCAACGGAACCAUCGCAUGCGCAUCGAGACCAAGGCGGCCAAGACUCUGUGCAUAAUUAUGGGCUGCUUCUGCCUGUGCUGGGCCCCUUUUUUCAUCACAAAUGUGGUGGACCCCUUCAUAGACUACAGUGUUCCUGAGCAGCUGUGGGCAGCCUGCCUUUGGCUGGGCUACAUCAACUCCAUGCUCAACCCCAUCCUCUACGCCUUCCUCAACAAGUCCUUCCGUCGUGCCUUCCUCAUCAUUCUCUGCUGCGGACAAAAGCGUUACCGCCGACCUUCCAUCCUGGGGCCGGGAACGUCCUGCGCGGCCACGCAGAUCAAUGGCUCUACACAUGUCCUGAAUGGCUGCUCCUCUGUCUCCAAACUGCUCCUCUGGUUCUGCAACACUAGGCCUGUUCCUGUCUAGUGCUGUUUGGGAAGUUGUCAAGUAUUCAGUUCUUCACAAUGGAAACCACAGUGAACAGGAGAAACUAACAGUACAGAUUGACACAGAAUCCCAGGAAUCAUGUUUCUGACAAAGGUCAUCCUAUAAUGAGGACCAUCACUGGAAGGUGCCAUUUCUUACCGCCCUGCCUGCGGCUCAGACCCAACCAGAGAAUUUCAGGACUCAAAUACUGGGAGUCGGACUGAACUAUUUGCUCAAAGAGCUGGUGAACAAUGAAGGAAAGAAUAGUGAUGCCAAAGGUAUUUUGGUCUAUAUUUUGAGGUAUUUCCAUUUGUAGUGGAAUGCUGGUGAAGUUUGCCCAAUACUUUUUGGUUCACCUGGGAAUACUAUUUCCAAACCAAAAAAAAAAAACACAUCUUACAAGCUUUAUAUGGAGAGGCUGCCUUUAGAUCUGGAGUGGCGAUAACACUUCUGAAGUAACUGCAGAAACGUCUAAACAGCUCAGAUGACACUUUGUUCAAAAGUUUUUUCCUUUUAAUAAAAGAGAGUUAAGACUUAUAAACAUUCACAUCACAGUAUUAAAAGCUGGACGCACAGCUAAGGGAAUUAUCCGCUUAAGUUUUUCUUUUAAGCAAUGAACCUGUGAUGAUUUUAAAGUGUUAAAGUGAAUGACGGACCUUUAACAAUGAAAGCGAAUUGAUGAAUGUGAGAUGAAAGGAUACCAUUUCUGUUCAGAUUCCAGCGUCUAUGUAAUGUGAAGAAUGAAAGUCUAUCCUUGGAUAGGAUCUAUUCCAAAGGUACGGCACAAAAUAUAUUUUUUUCUCGUUAGCAGACUCGAUAUACUUUACGUUCUGUAAAACAUCUGAAGUGCUUUGAGCAAUGAGAUGCUCAACAAGUUCUUAGCUAAAUCACACACAAUUAAAGCACAGAUGUGCUCAUCUAAACACAUGUGAGCGAUCUUUGAUCAGCGAUGCCUUUCACGUGCAUCACUAAAUCCGUUCAUUUCCAUAGUGAUUUACAUUCCAAGGGUCUUCUCUGACAUAAACAACUCAGUAUUUUAUAGCUGCAUGAUGUCUGGUGACUGUAUGUGUUACUGAGAUGGCAUACGAAAUGACAUAUUCAGUAACAGCAACCAAAUUUCUAAGCUGCUGUCCCAAAUUGCUUUGAACGAAGAUGACCACAGGUUCUUGAGUGGCUGAAUGUGGAUAAGAAAAUGUAGCUGUUCUUAUGGUGCGUUCACACCUGACGCGAAUGAAGCGUUAAGCGUGAGUGAUUUACAUGUUACGUCAAUGCAAAGACCCGAUAGACGUCCAGCGGUGUAAUUUGCGUGUAUUCGCUCAAAUUGAACAUUUUGGACGUUUGACGCGCAUAACGUGUGAUUUACGUGAAUCGCGCAAGUUAAAAAAAUCUAAUCUUUGGCAGAUAUUCGCGUCGCAUUAACCAAUCAGGAGCUUUCUCUAGUAGUGACGUGAUUAUUAAUGCUUCUAUUAAAGCAACACUAUGUAGUUUUUUACCUUUAAAUAAUGUCUCUAAAAUUAUUUCAGCGAUAGAACAACUUUUAACUGGACAAAUUGUACUGUUGCUGCAACCUGAGCAACCUCCUAGCUGCUACAAGCACACUCUGAAAGUGGCGGUGGAGGGUAGGAAACACAGCCCCGCCCUUCCCCCUGCCUGCAGAAGAGUGUCUGAUAUCAGGCACUGUUGCGCUUUUCAACCACAUGGGGGAGCUGUAAAUCAUUUUUACAUGGAAACUACAUAGUGUUGCUUUAAUGUAAAGCUGCUUUGAAACAGUUACCAAUUGUGAAUAGCGUUAUAUAAAAAAAUUUAGCGAGCUGAGGAGGAAAUACGAAAUAACAAUGGAGGACAAAAAUUAUUGUCACUGUAUGUGGACACCCUGAGCUGUGCGACACAUCUUUGUACUUUUAUAGAAACAGGAAUUAAAAGGAUCUUGCUUGGAAGAAAGUAAGUGAGGAGGUAGGACAAUCUGGUAAGUUGUAAAAAAUGCUCUUUACUCAAUUUAAGCUAUCUAGACAAGCUAGCUAAAGCCGGCAAAUUGAGCGUAUUGUGAAUUUUAUGCGCAAAUGACGCAGAUGUCACUCAUAAAUGAAGCAAGUUAACUAAAAAUGUUCAAGCGCCCGACUACGAGUGAAUAGUGUGAUUUAUUCGCUUCAUUCGCGUCUGGUGUGAACGCACAGCUACAAACAUUUUGAAAGAAAUCAUUCACCCAAACCUGUUACAAAUUGGAGUAUAGUCUGUUUUUUACGUGUAUACGAACGUAUGCACAAAGCCUACAUUCGCGCAUACGCGGCCUACGCUUACAAUGUACAUGGGGUCUCAAAAAUCUGGCGGUGCACGUACAAUACACGCACACUCUUUUGAACAGUAUGUGCGCACUCUUCACGAAAUUUGCGUUACGCACUGUACGCGGACCCUCGCGUAUACAUAAAAGCGGGACUAUACUUCUAGCUUUAACGGUAAAAUAUAGGGGAAAUAUACAGCUGCUAAUGAACAUAUGUGUCAUGAUAAAACUAAUUUCAGGGACGAAAUUUGAGUAUGGUCCAUUAUUUUAAACGUAGACGAGGGUCCGCGUACAGUGCAUGCGCCGCAAUUUUCGUCAUUAGAAGAUGCGUAUAUUUCAAAAGUGCGUAUGUAGUAUGUAGCCCAGGAGAUGAUUCACAUUUUGUCGCAAUGCACAUGCGUAAAAACGCCUGCGUACACGAACGCGUCACGAACAGGAUACUUUGCUAAGCUGUGCAUUCGAUUGUGUGCAUAUAAAAACACGUAAAAAUACAGAUUAUAAUUUGGGCUUACAACUCGUAAAGUAGUGCCAUGGUUCCUUACAAAGCCCUGCCACAGCAGAACCAACCAAGAACAAUUUACACCCCUGAAAUCCAGCACUUAUCAGUCUGUUCAACCUUUAACUGUGCCUCUGCCUAAAAAUGAAUACUAAUUGUUGCUUGAAUUGAUCAAAUAAAUGUAAAGAUUUUUAAAUAAUGAAGUUUUAUGUGCCAGUCAGUUUCAUGCGAGGAACAGUCGGUUUAUUUGCAAUUUUGCAGGGACAGCUGCACAUCUUUGACCGAAAUGUCAACAUAAGAAAAUAUAAAUAUCAAAAUGUACAGUCCUCGUAUUCUUCAUUGUUUCGAAACGGUGACCUCUCCUGCAAAUAAAGCACUUGUAGCACUUUUUCUAACAUAACAAUUGUUGUAUCCACAAGUCAUUCAGUAUUCUGGUCACGAUGAAUGAAUUUAAUUCCGUGAUCAGUUUUCAUUAAUGUAAUCAUUCGCUGAAGUGACGCGCAUGUAGUGACGUGAUAAAGGAACACAUUAGGAUCCUAUGAUCCUAUGGUAUAUGUUAUCAUCAGACCUUUAUUGCAAAGCCUGCUACAUUACCCGGUACGAGGGAAUGCCCACUUUAAAAUUUCUGUAUGUUUGUAUCAACGGAUAUUUAAUUUCUAAAAAAAUAGAGCUUAGUUUUUGAAGUCUAUUUUGAUUUUAUUGUACAUAGGAAUAUAUUUUUAUGCAAAAAAUGACGUGUUCCUUUAAAUGCAUAGUCAGAUGUGUUUCUUCUUCCAGUUUGGUAAAUCAACGGUGGCCAUGAACUCAACAGUGUCAUUCAAAGCAAUGUCAGUCGAGCUGUGUACCAGGCUACUUGUAUUUUUUUUUACAAUUGAACAUGUACAUGGUCGUGCCUUCACAUCCAUCAUACAGAUGUACAGAGCAUUGUGAUCUAUACAGUGAAACUGUGCAAGUUAACACAAAUACAUGAUGGUAGUGCUUUUACUAUAAAGGACUCUGAAGAGUAUUUCCCCGGUAAACCAGUCUGAUAAGUUAUAUAAGUUAACCUUUCAAUGUAGCAUCCUUUGAUCCUUGAAGUUCAUUGUUGUUUUUAAAAGUAAGCCAUUUUUGUUGGUUACAACAGAAAAAGCUUGCACAUUGGAUGUCAUUGUGUUGUUCAAAAUAGGGAUGGAGAUCGGUAAGGAUUGAGGCUAAAAGAAAACCGGUGACUGAGCAAAAAGUAAAAAGCAGAUCUCCCUUAAGUCACAAAAUUCUGUUAUAAGCACAGGUGGAUGUAGAAAUGUAAACAUUUUGGGUACCUAAAACACUCCUACAUGAGUUAUUUUAUCUAAAAGAGCUAUAAAAUAUCAUCCAAACAUUAAUGCCCAGCUACUGGACCUUCAGGGUUAUCGAUAAUAUCCGAUUUUCAUGUAAAAUUGAUUCCUACAUUGCUUCGCCAUGCGUACUUCUAACAGUUAACCUCACAUAUGAACCGUAAUUGAACACCUCAGAGCCCUGAAGGCAGAAGUUAAAAGCAUGAAUGUGUUGUAAAUCUCCCAACAAGUUGUAAAACUUUUGUAAACUCAGUAUUUAUUAUGGUGGAUUUAAGAUUGAUAUUUUCAUGUAAGGCUUCUCUUUCAGGGAGCUAUGUGUAUUACUUUUUCUGUUGCUAUGUGACAGCUCUAAAAAUGACAAUUAAAGAAUAUAUGAUGUUAUUAACUUUCGUGUGU